AUGUAUAAAUUAAUUCUUGCUACUUUAUGCACUUUAUUAUUUAUCCAAUUAUUUUCAGUUGCACCUGUUAGCGCUGAUUGUUGCGCUGGUAUAGAGGUACUCGGAUCAUGCGAUGGUACACUUGGUAAAGACGACUUCUGGAAGGAAUGGGAAUGCCAGUCGGGAGUAUCCUAUGAUGACAGCAAUGCUGCCUGUUCAGUCUGUAUCGCUCAUUUCACUGGAAGUGCUAUCGGUGUUUUCGUUGGUGUACCAAUCGCUAUUGUAGUUUUAAUUAUCAUUUGUUGUGUUGCUAUUUGUUGCCGUAGAAGACAUCAUCAUCAUCAUACUACAGUUGUUGCCAAUACAGCUCCAUACCAAACAUUACCAACUCAUGAUUUCGGUCAUCACCAUCAUCAUCAUAGCAGCCAUCAUGGUGGUCACCACUAA